UAGAAAUUGAAAUAAAAUAAUAAAAAUGAGAAAAAGAAGAAAGAAAUGAAGAAGAAAUUGGCUGGAUCCGUUUAAGGUCGAGAAGGCUGGGCCAUGUCUUGUGAUUGAAGCUCUCAGCCUCUGGUGGUGCCCAAGCACUCCUUUGCUUCGCUGUUCCUCCCUCACCCUCUUCUUCUUCUUCCUCUUCUCCGCUCCUUCUUCUUUUUUUUUUUUUUUUCGCUUCACCAUGCCGAUUCUUCACGGUUUUGCAACGACGACCACCACGGGAUCUGGGGUUCUCAUGUAGUUGAAUUUGGUGAUUCUUGGUUUAAGAUUUCAUGUCUUCCCCUGUUUCUCUGUCUCGAUCCAUGUUCUUCUUCUGAUCUGGAGGGUUUUCUUCUCCCCAACGAGCUCCUGCAUCUCUUUUAAGAACGCAUUGUGGACAGGGAGUUCUGGGUUUGUGCUGUUUUCUGUUCUCGAUCUGCCUGAUCUUUGAACAGGGUGGUCGGUGGGAGGCUUGAUUUUGACAGUAAGGGUGCUUGCUUAUGCUGGAGAAAGAUGUCGCUUAAAAGCUUUGUUAGAGAGCUGCGAGAGAUGAAAGAUGGAAUUGGGAGCAUUUCUAAGCGAGGAGAAGAAGGGAGUAGGCAUUGGCGAAACCGGACAAUGUCGCAUAUUGCACCGGAUCAAGAACCUUCUCCAUUGGAGUUAAUUCAGCAAGGUCGAUGGGCAAAUCUUCCCCCUGAAUUACUUUUAGACAUCAUCCGGAGAGUGGAAGAGAGUGAAACAUCGUGGCCUGCCCGAGCUGUAGUUGUUUUUUGUGCUUCAGUUUGUAGGUCUUGGAGAACCAUUACAAAGGAGAUUAUCAGAACUCCUGAGCAAUGUGGAAGGCUCACAUUUCCAAUCUCAUUAAAGCAGCCUGGCCCUCGGGAGUCUCCAUUUCAGUGCUUCAUCAGAAGGGAUAGAGCAACUUCAACCUACCUCCUGUACUUUGGUUUGGUUCCUUCUGAGGACGAAAAGGAUAAAUUGUUGUUAGCAGCCAAGAGGGUCAGGAGAGCAGCUGGUACUGACUUCAUCAUAUCAUUAGCAGCUGAUGACUUUUCUCGAGCGAGUAGUACCUAUGUAGGUAAAUUAAGGUCUAAUUUCCUGGGUACGAAGUUCUCGAUUUAUGACAGCCAGCCUCCUUGUGACCCUGCAGCUCGACAAAAUAGCCGGUCAAGCCGUAGAUUUCGCUCUAAGCAAGUCUCUCCUAGGGUUCCUGCAUGUAACUACAGCGUAGGUACAAUAUCGUAUGAACUUAAUGUUCUUCGUACUAGAGGUCCUCGAAGGAUGCAGUGCAUCAUGCAAACGAUUCCAGUAUCUUCGAUUCAGGAGGGAGGCACUGCCCCAACACCUACUUCAUUCACAUACUCUAUUGAUGACCACCUUUCUUCCAUGUCCGAUUCUAUGAGAAAGGAUUCAACAACCAAGGACUUUGGCUCAAAAAUCCAAUCAGAACCAGCAGUUCGGGCCUCGGAUGAAUCCUUGGUACUUAAAAACAAGGCACCGAGAUGGCACGAGCAGCUGCAGUGCUGGUGCCUAAAUUUCAGAGGGCGAGUGACUGUUGCAUCCGUUAAGAACUUUCAACUCGUUGCAGCUGUUGAUCAAUCUCACAAUGUUUCAGUUGAAGAGCAAGAGAAGGUAAUUCUCCAGUUCGGAAAAAUUGGAAAAGACAUCUUCACCAUGGAUUAUCAUUAUCCCCUCUCUGCAUUCCAAGCCUUUGCUAUCUGCUUGAGCAGCUUCGACACGAAGCCAGCCUGUGAAUGACAUCCUUUCAUGAAUAGCGGUCAUCAUCAGAAGGUGCGAAAAUGCUUGAGCUUGUUGGGAAGAACUGCACAAGCAGCAUUAUUGACAGCUGAGAAGACGGCUAUGCGAUUGAUAUUGUCACUGAGAGGUUAUUAAUCUGAGGUUUGACUUGUAUUUUGUAUUAUCUCCUUGGCUCUUGACUUGUAUUUUGUAUCAUCUCCUUGGCUCUAAUGGCGCAUACAUUGUUAUAAAUGUCAAUCCGCGUUGUAUUAUCUAUAUGUAGAUUUCUUCGUGUUUACUUCCUCGUACGAUGAGACAUUCUGAUUGGAAAUGGUUUAACAACACUAUUGUA